AUGGAGUUGGUGAAUGUUUUAACUAUCUUCACCUCCAUUGACUUCUCGUGCAACAAGUUCAAUGGAUCAAUACCCGAGGAAAUUGGAGAACUCAAAUCAUUGUAUGCCAUCAACUUGUCCAACAAUGCUUUCACAGGUGCAGUUCCAUCAUCAUUAAGUAAUUUGAGUCAGCUAGACUCUUUGGACCUCUCGAGUAACAAACUGAGCGGUCAAAUCCCAUCAGAGCUUACAAAACUCACUUUCCUUGCAUUCUUGAAUCUCUCAUAUAAUCAAUUGGUCUGGAGGAUACCAAGCGGUGCUCAAUUUCCAACAUUUGAUACAGCUUCAUUCGGAGUUAAUAAAGGAAUUAAUAUGGGGGCCUUCUUUAACAGCAGAUAA